UCCGGCCAAUGUCCUUUUUUUUUUUUUUUUUUUUUUUUUUGGGAUUCUUUAGCUUUUGGGUAAACUUUUUAUGCUUCCCCAACAGCAUACAUUGACUCAUCCUCGAUCUCACUUGCUAGGGUUUUAUAUUUUCUUUUGAACAUUUCUAAUUGAUUUCAUUGGUAUUGAAGUCUGAAAUGGUUCGAGGAAAGGUAGAGAUGAAAAGGAUUGAGAAUGCAACCAGCCGGCAAGUGACUUUUUCUAAACGGAGAAAUGGAGUUAUAAAGAAAGCUUAUGAACUAUCCGUUCUUUGUGAUGCUCAAGUUGCUCUUAUUAUUUUCUCUAACAAAGGAAGACUCUUUCAAUUCUCAAGCUCCUGCAUGCAAAAGACAAUUGAAAGAUAUCGUGAAUAUACAAAAGAAACGUUGAUCAACAUUAACACAUUUGAAGUGGAACAACAAAUGGAGAAAUUGAAGGAAGAAACAGCAAACAUUGCAAAGAAGAUUGAGAUCCUUGAACUUUCCAAACGGAAGCUUUUGGGGCAAGGCAUUGGAUCAUGUUCAAUUAAUGAACUUCAAGAGAUCGACAACCAGCUAGAGAGAAGCUUGAAGAUCAUCAGGGCGAGAAAGUCUCAAGUAUUCAAGGACGAAAUACAACGGCUUAAAGAAAGGGAGAGACAAAUGCUUGAAGAAAAUGCAAGGUUAUCUCAAAAGUGUGGACGAGCAGCAUUAGAGUCAGCCCAACUGAAAGAAAAGGAAACGUCAUGUAGCCGGGUGACCAUGGAGACUGAUUUGAAGAUUGGCCUUCCAGAUAUUGGUUGGUGGUAGAAAUAUUCUUAUACUUUAAUAUAGAGAGAGUAUAAGGGCAUGCAAAUUCAACAAAUAAGACGUGCCAAUACGAGUUCAAUAUCUCAGCUUCUAUGUAAAUAAAUAAAUGUAUUUCUAUGAACAAAGGUUGUAAAGAAGCCUAAUUUAUUGCAGUAAUAUGUUUUCUUCAAUUCAUCUUGGCCUUUUUGUAAAGAAAGAAUUUUUAAAGUA